AUGAAGUUCUCCAUCCUGUCCCUUCUCUCUGUCUUGGCCUCCGCCGCACUCGCGGCUCCAACCGACGCUGCGAGCGACGUAGCCGGCCAGAUUGUCAAUGAUGGAGUCAUCCGCCUUAAUGUCACGGAUCUGCAUCCUCCCUCCUCCCUAACCCGCCGGCAAAACGGCAACCCCAACACCGAAGCCACCCUUCAAGCCUGGCGCUUCGACGGCAACUGCCAGCCCGGCCCAGGGUUCAAUUUCCUUUGGUUUCCCGUCGGGUGGACGGCGGCCAACAACCCUUCCGGGGCCUGUCACGAGUUCUUUGAGAACGGGAUCCGCCGCGACGUACUGUCGGUCAUGGUGACGGGCACCUGGGGUGGCAACUGCCGCCUGCGCAUGUACGAGAACACGGGCUGCACCGGCGGCGUCACCCUGCGGUCUCCUGGCCAGUGCGGCAACAGGGCGGGGAAUCCUAUUCGGAGUUUUAAUGUUGUCUGCUGA